AUGGCCGAAGCAUCGGAUACAGGUAAUGAGCGUGCCCAGCGCAUGAAAGCCCUUCAAAUGGCUGAUUUGGGCACUGCACGUCGUGAACACAUAUCAACUGUUGAUCGCCCAAACAAGCUUCAUCGAAUAGGUAUUCGGCAAAUUGAAGCUACUAGGGACUCCAAUCGAAAGGGGACUGAAGCGUACAACCUUGCCGAGACUAACAGAGAGAAAUUAAAUAGCUGGGCGACUUAUCAUGAAACGCUUGAGGAGAACAUUGACGCAGAAAAUCUUGAGCCAUUGCUAGAUGGACAAACACAUAGAAUGGCCCUUGAGGCUAGGAUCAAAGGAACUAAUUUAGACUAUCCUGUUAGCGCAAGCAGAGGAAAGAAGGCCACUCGCGGAGCUCUACACAGUGGACGUGGAGGAGGCUUCGCAGGAACUCGUGGUCGUGGAGGCACAACACAUUAUCCCAAUACCCGGAGCGGUGACAUAACAAGAUCGGACCCUAAUCGUUUGUCACCCCCUUCAAUCCCAACAGCAAAUAAGGCAGCUCUUGCACCUCUUCCACAGAAGCCUUUGGAUCCAUCUAAAGACUGCAACAACCCCCCUACCUUCCGUGGUAGAGCAGACAAAAAGAGAUAUGGAGUCUCAAGAAACGUACCUCCAGUUACAAAAGCCAGACGCCCUGUCUUCGCUGCUCCUCCGAGCAUCAAUUUCGAGUCCCUGCUCGCAGAUGGGGAUGACUUCAUGGCAGCUGUUACUGGUGUCCAAUUUGCUACAGUUGCAAAACCAGCACAGUCGCCAACCCCCUCCAAAGCCACUGAGGCGCCAAUUAAGGACCUGGAUGUAUCUCCCGUUCCCCCUAUGUCCCAGGGCUGUCCAGAAUCCUCUACAGAUUUACCGAAGGAUGCGACAGAGACUUCUCCGCAACGAACUCAGUCAGAGGUAAAGGUGGCUGCACCAUUCAAACCAAAAGUUGGUGCAGCUGCCUCAGCAACAAACCUUAUGCCAGUUGCACCCCUGAGAAUAGAUGUAUUUACAAAUCCUUCUGAGAUCCGUAAUAGUCAGGGAGCUGACGCUGUACCACUAAAGACAGACCAUGGAUUCGGCUCUUACCUACCACAACCACAGCACCCAACAGGCACAGACGAUCAUGAUGCUGACGACCUUUUCCUGUGUGCAUCACCUGAAGCCCCGGCUGCUGCUCAUAUUGAGAAAGACAACUACAAAACCAAGGGUUCCAAUGUUGGAACAAGCCUUCUUGAUAUCAGCGACGGGCCUGAAGAUACGAUACCACUGGCUAUACGAUCUGUUCCCAAGACAGAGCAGCCCCAACGAGAUGAAUCAAAGGAUGAAUCAAAUGCUCUCAAAGAAAAACUUGCAAAACUUACGAAAAUUCUCCUUGACCAGUCCUUACUCGACCCGGACGUUAUUGUUUACCUCCAAGAAAGAAAAGAACGCCUAGAGAAGGAGCUGGCGGAAAAGGAGCUAAUCAGCCAUCCAGAAAUUUUGAAGGCUCCCAAUCAUACCACCGAACCGGGGAACACGAAGCAUAUCCAGCCCGGCCCACCAAAUCCAGGAGCGCCAGUAGCUGCACAAAAUGCUCCACCUACUGUCAAUCUUCUCUCCGAUACCACUAACGGCAAUGCUGGCGAACCAGUUAAUCUCCGCUCUAGUCAAAAUGCCAAAAGCGAGCCAAACCCUGUUGAAGUAAAGAAUCCAAGUGUGCAAAAGAGUGCUGGUGACAGUGUCGGCCAGACAGCAAUCCAUGCAACACCUCAAGGCCCUACCACCAAAACUCAAACCACAUCUAUUAAAGAGGUUCCUCUAAUUAUAGGUGACCAUCUUCUUCCUGGAAGGCCUAUGAAAAAAAGUGAACCUCCUCGGCCCACUGCUCCGGCUUAUGAACCAAAGGAGCAACACCACUUUACAUUUUCUCACGCUCUUACAUUCCCAGGGAAUUUGAACCACAACAGCAACCAAUCUUCUACAUUCAACCAGGGCGCCCAGUGUAACGAACCAGUGGCUUUCACAUACCGCCCUACUUCAUGUGGCACUGCGCCUAUGGCGGCGUCGAACAUGGGCAAUCAAUCCGUCAAUAUUAUGCACAUUACUCCUACAGCCCAUGUUUCUCCAGUGGGCCCAGCUGGCUCCAAUGCUCCCAAAUCCCGCUUUAAAAUGAGAGAUACCCCUCAGUUUCCAAUUAGCGCCGCUACAAUGCAAUAUUACUCUGGCUCCUUGCUAGGAGAGCAGAUAAAGCCACUAACAUCUCCCAUCCGCAAAACAAACGAAAACAUAAGCCCUGCAAUGAACUUUGCUUCUCCACAGCCCAUAGAGCCUGAUCAGAAAUCAAGUGGCCAUAGCCGAAACCAGUCUUCCUCUCUUUCCCCUGUUGCCAGUACCUUUCGACCGGUUUCACAGAACCGUAGCCCCAUUCCAGCCGCAUUUGGUGCUACUCAUACUGGCCGUACUACAACCAACCAUCACUCCAGAUUUUCAUCUACUACUUCUGAAACAUUCCCCGAGCCAAAAAGCAUCUUUGUUGCUGAGAUGGCAAAGCGUGGAGUGUCUGUUUCUGGAGCCCCGGCCAACAGUGCGCUCGUUGAACGGAAGAGAAGCGGAAUGGAGGGCUCUAAGUAUGCUCACUAA